CAUAGAUUUGUCGUUGAGGUAAGACGUGUGUUGUCUGUUUUACUUGAUGUCGAACUAGGUUCGUUGCCGUUGUAUAUCAAUAUUUUUGUCGUAUAUGAUCGUAUUAUUAUAUUUCUCUAUGAUAUUUGACCACCACCGGACUUGUCACCAUAAAGCGAUUGAUUUUACGCAGUUUUUUAACUGUUAUGAUUUAUAAAAAUUAGCAAAACAAAAUUAUUGUGAAUAAAAAUAAAGUUUACUCUCUCGCAAAAGUAAACACACAAGAAGUGUCGAAGAGAAGAAGUGCAAAGUUAUUUGUUUAUUUAUCCAUCGAUUGAUAAAUAAAAGAAAUAAUUUAAAAUUGAAAAUCACAAAAUAAAUAAUAAUAAACCAGUUCAAUAGCAUUUCAAUUUUGUGAAUAUAGAUUUUUUAAAAGUGUGGAGGCGAGCAAACACGAAAGAAAAGAGCGGGAAUUAAUUUAUUGGUUGAUGGACACAUGAUAAAGACUCACAGAAGUCAAAACCUAUUUUUAACGACCGAAAGAAGAAGAAACAACAACAUAAACAAAACAAAACAGACAACAGAUAAACAUAAACAAAUGGAAAUUCAGACGAAGAGAGACAAUCCAAUCUAAAUAACAAAAAAUCAACAAAAACAAAAAAAGUAUCUCUUGAAUGUGAGAAGAUAAUUGAAAAUCUAUCACCAAUUUAAAACCCUUCAAAGGUCUGAAAUUAACCAUCACAACACAGCUUGAUGUAAUUUAUCCUCGAGUCCCCCCCAAAACCCCGCCAAAGAAUUCAAUGACUGUGAUGAGUCAGUAGAUCGUCAUUUAAAAAAAAAAAACGAACCCAAAAAGCACCUUCCUUAUUCACCUUGUCUAUCCCCCUUAUUCCUACCCCGGUCCAACACAUUUCGUCAUCAAAACAGUGAAGCGCUCUCUCUCUGUCAAGUUCAGCACUUAAGUUUGUACCUUUUAUCAACGCUGCACUCUUUUUUAUGUGUCUUGUUUGUGACGUAUUCCAAAAAACACGAAUAAAAAAACAAAAAGUCGUCUAUAAUACCUCGCCCCGGUUAACUCAACUUGAUUCCCAUCUACUCUACAACGUCACCCUUUGAUUGUAUAGUGUUUAUAGUUUAUAUCUCUCUCUUUUUCCCUCUCUUUCCUACAAUAACAAACACUAACUUUUUACCAACACACACAAUCCAUUCAAAACAAAUACUCGUUUAGCUGUUUCGUGUAAAGAUACUUUAAUAAAAAAAAAAAAAAAAAAUAAUUUUUCAAGACCGAGAGCUCGAGCUUUAAGUUCUUCUAAAUGAGUAGCGAACUGUCUGUCAGUGAAACAACACCGCUUCGCCGGCCGGAUCUUAGCGACGAACUAUCCACAUCUACACCGACUCGUAGUGUGAACGUGAAUGUAAAUCAUAAUAAUCAUAAUAAUCAUCAUCAAACUGCCACGAACGGUUCAAUUAAUAAUAAAAAUUCAAAUUCGUCCAAUCACACUCGACUAAACAACAACAAUCACAAUAAUAAUAACAUAGAAAUCGAUUCUGCUGGAAUACAUCGCAUCGAUAAUAACAACUGUGAUCACAACUCAUAUACAAUGGAGACGAAUAAAAGGAUAUUAUGUCGCAUCGGAACGGAUGUUCUGAUCCUGAUGUGUGUUGGAUUUCCUAUUUUAUUGUUCUUUCUGCUGGGCGAUCCGUACAAAAGAGGGUUUUUCUGUGACGACGAGUCUUUAAUGCACCCCUUCCAUGAAUCCACAGUCAAGAGCUGGAUGUUGUAUAUCAUUGGAUUGGUGAUACCCGUUGGAAUUGUAAUCGGUGUGGAGCUAGUGAAGAGUAAUAUGAAACAGCAAAGCACUACCAAUCGACGGUUUGUCUUCAAUGGAUGGGAGGUUCCAGAAUGGAUGAUAGAAUGUUAUAAGAAGUUGGGAGUCUUUGGAUUUGGUGCCGCAAUGUGCCAGCUUGCAACUGAUAUUGCAAAAUAUUCCAUUGGCCGACUGAGACCUCACUUUUUUGCUGUAUGCCAACCUAUAAUGCGCGACGGUACAAACUGCUCGAAUCCAAUCAACGCCGGACGUUACAUAGAGGAGUUUACAUGCCUCGGCAUCAAUUCCACACCACGAAUGUUGAAGGAAGUUCGCCUCUCAUUCCCCAGUGGUCAUUCUAGCUUUUCCACCUUCACAAUGGUCUACAUGGCUCUGUAUUUGCAAUCGCGUAUGAAUUGGAAGGGAUCAAAAUUGCUAAAACAUUUUCUCCAAUUUCUGUUGAUUAUGAUUGCAUGGUACACCGCACUGAGUCGUGUUUCCGAUUACAAACAUCAUUGGUCGGAUGUUUUAUCCGGAAUGACAAUUGGUUCCCUUUUUGCAGUUAUUGUGGCAAAUUGUGUUUCUGAUUUAUUCAAGAAAAAAGACAGCUCAUAUUUGCCCACAACAAGGCCGGAUAGCAGCAUUUCUCCACAAACAAUAACCAAUGGUCAUUCUUAGACCUAAGGCAACUAUCCAUAGAACACACCCAAUCACACAUAUAGAUUGCAAGCACCUCAAGUGUCUUCCAAAAAUAAAAAAAAAUCUACAAUUAUUUAUUUUCCCCUUUUUAUAUAGUAUCCUUUGUUUAAAAUAUAUUUGAUAUAGUUUUAUUGUUUUAAUAAAAAAAAAUUUCUACAUUUAUUGUGUCAAAUUGCAAAGUUUUAUUGUUUCUAUGUAAUACAACUAUUAUAUUCACAUUUAUUAAUCUAAUCGAGUCAAAAAUAUAAUAAAGCUCUUUAAAUGGAUGCUUUAAUUUAUUUUAAAUUUAAAUUUAACAAUAAAAAUGGGACUACUUAAAAAAUACAUAAAUAAAUACAAAUAUCCUAGAUAGUAUAAAUAUUGAGUCAAUUUAAUCACACUUUAUCCGUGCUAAAAGCACAUCACCACAAGUAUUUAUUAAAAAGUUCAAAUGAAUAUUUUAUUAAUGAAAAAAAAAAAAAAAUAUUUAAGUUUGCAUUCUGCAUAAAAAUGGGGGACAAUGAUAUAUUAAUAAACGCGCCUUGUAAGUAAGCCUUAAAAUAAAAAAAAAAAUUAAAAUUAAAUAUCAAGCAAAAUAAAAAGGAAAUGCAAUAAAAUUGAUUGUAAAUACAAUAACUGCAAGUUCAAUUAGAAAGAGAUGUGAGGAGGCAGCGUUGUGAAUUAUAAGGAUAUAAAAUUAAUAAAAAAUAUUUAAUCUUUGAGCAAUAUUUUAUGUUUAAUUUUAUUAUUGUUUUAAAUGUUAAAAAAUUUUGCAUUUAGAUUUCGAGAGUUUUAAGCAACUUCAAUCUACAAUAAGCCUUAUUAUAAUGUGUAAAAUAGAGUAAACAAAUGUUUUUUAUUUAUAAGUUUUAUUGAAAUAAUACAAAAAAUAUUACGUAUAAUAUGAUAUUUAAACAAAUAAAACGUUUAUUUUAUAAUUAAAA